ACAUUUGUUUGCUGGCCACUCCCAUUUACGGAAGAGGGUGGAGAUUAAAAUCCACACAGCAUCAGUUUAUCCGGUUCUGAGCAUUCGCCAAGAAGAAACAAGUCUUUUACAAUGAAUUUCCAGGGAUACGGUGCACCAGCUCCGGGCGGGUAUCCAGGGGGAUUCCCUGGACAGCAGCAGGACCCUUUGUACGGGUACUUCACUGCAGUGGCCGGUCAAGAUGGUCAGAUAUCCGCAGAAGAACUUCAGGCUUGUUUGACUCAGGCCAACUUCUCUGGUGGCUACAGACCUUUCAACAUUGAGACAUGUCGGCUGAUGAUCAGCAUGCUUGAUAGAGACAUGUCUUGUUCCAUGGGUUUCAAUGAGUUUAAGGAGCUGUGGGCGGUGCUCAGCGGCUGGAAGCAACACUUCAUGAGCAUCGACAGGGACAUGAGCGGCACAGUUGACCCACAGGAAAUGAGCCAAGCCGUUUCCUCUAUGGGGUACAGGCUGAGUCCUCAGGCCAUGAACUGCGUAAUUAAGCGUUACAGCUCUAAUGGGAAGAUCUCAUUUGAUGAUUAUGUCGCUUGCUGUGUCAAACUGAGGAGCUUGACUGAUGUGUUCAGAAAAAGGGACCAGGCACAGCAGGGAGUGGCGACAUUUCAAUAUGAUGACUUCAUCCAGUGUACCAUGAGCAUCUGAGAGAAGCCUCUGGGUUCAUGCAAAGAUCCACAAUUAAAAAAAAAACAAAUGAUGUUUUUUUUUUUCUAACUUUUUAAAAAACUUGACUCACAUGUGCUUUCAUGUUAUACCUUAUUAUUGUAGUACUUACACAAUAUAAAAAAACCAUUUAAUCGAUAUUGUUUGCAACUGUACUAAUGCAUUACUAAUGCGACUAAGCUACGGAAUGCCUCUAGACCAACGACAUUUAUAGCCUAUCUACUAAAAAUUUAACUCUUAUUACAUAUCAAGUUACUGUAUCAAAGCAGCUGCACGGAAAUCCAUGAUAUUAAUGUUUAUAAUAUCCUAAUGCCUUACAUCAGCCACAAUGCAUUUAGCAGACCGCAGUGGUAAUAUUUUAUACUAUAACACCUUAACCAGCACCCUUUUCGGAGCCUUGUCAUCAUAUAUAAUAUAAUAUAAAUUGUAUUGUUCAUAAAGAUGCACUCAUGCGGUUUCAAUAGUUUUUUUUCUACCUCCAAUACAUAUUAAUAUGCAUAUCUUAAUUUGACAUGGCCAGUAAAGACUGUUUUGUUGAUACGAGGCUUUCUGAGAUCCAUUCGUGUGCGCUGGUAACCGGAAGGAAAAUGUUAUAUUACGUACCGCCAAAGAAUUCUUGACACUUUCGACUGUGUAAUAGCCGUUUGAAAUGUUAGUUAGAACUAUAUUCGAGUAUAUUUUCAUUUACGCUCAAUGAAUUAUUUUUAAAUAACACCAUUUAAGACAUUCCCCCGUUUGACUUAAUAAAUGCCAACAGUCCACCUGCA